CGUCACCAUCUCUGAUCCGAGUACUGUGGAUGCUGGAAAAUACUGGUGUGCUGUGAGCAGGCCUGGUAUUAUAAAAGACAUCUACACUGAAGUUAAACUGGACAUAAGACAAGACAUCUGCUGUGAUGAAAUGAAUAAAAUCCAAAGUCAUGAGGAAGCCUCAGUGUCCAUCAGCUGUCCGUAUGAGUCUCAGGAUAAGAACAACCUGAAGUACCUCUGCAGAGGAAAGCAGCCCUCCACAUGUCUGCAGCAGGCAGUAAUCACCUCAGACAACACCCAGAACAGACGGUUCAGACUCACCGAUGACAAGACGACAAGAUUCACAGUGAACAUUGCCAGUCUGACUCUAGAAGAUUCUGGGUUGUACCUUUGUGGUGUCCAUAGAAACACAGGACUGGAUGUUUUUACUGUUGUUGAGCUGGAAGUUGAAAAAUGGUGCUGUGUGAAGUCAAAGAACAUGAGAGGCAUUGUGGGACAUGCAGUUACUCUGCAGUGUCCUUAUCCACCACAACACCAGAAAAACAGGAAGUUCCUCUGCAAAGGAGACAAACGCAACAGCUGCACAGAUAUGAUGAACCAAAGCAGGGUCACACUGCACAAUGACUUGAACAGAGCUUUCUUGGUCACAAUCAAGGACCUGGAAGCAGGUGAUGCUGGGACGUACUGGUGUGGAUCAGAUGCACAGUGGAGUGUUGGAAACUACACCAAGAUUUAUCUGUCAGUAGACAGUCCACAGCUGACCACCAUCAGCACCAGUACUGAAGGGGUUACACCACCAUCACCAUCUGUACUCGGCCACAGUGUCAAACGCUGUCAUCACAGGCACUCCUACAACACCUGUAAAGGAAGAAACCCAACCUGCCAUGACAACAACUUUGUCAAGGUCAAACUGGUCUCAAGCUAA